AUGGUCCACUGCUGGAAUCAUGGGAAUAUCACCCGCUCGAAAGCAGAAGAGCUGCUCUCCAAGACUGGGAAAGAUGGGAGCUUCCUAGUGAGGGCCAGCGAGUCCAUCCCCCGCGCGUACGCCCUCUGCGUCCUGUAUCGGACUUGCGUUUAUACCUACCGGAUUCUGCCCAAUGAAGAAGACAAAUUCACUGUCCAGGCAUCCGAAGGGGUCCCCGUCAGGUUCUUCACCAGCCUGGACCAGCUCAUAGAGUUCUACAAGAAGGAGAACAUGGGCCUGGUGACCCACCUGCAGUAUCCCGUCCCAAUAGAGGAAGAGGAGGCAGGAGACGAGCUGGAGGAGGAGCCAGAGUUUUUCCUCUCGCCGCCUGAGCUGCCUCCCAGGAACCUUCCGCUCUCAUCCGGGCCAAGCGAAGCCAAGGAAGGGCCUCUCCCGCCCGAUAAUUCCCGAGUCUCGGAACACAGCAAACUGUCGCUUUCGGAGACUCUGCUGCAGCGACUGCAGGCCAUGGACACCAGUGGGCUUCCUGAAGAGCAUCUGAAAGCCAUCCAAGAUUACCUGAGCACUCAGCUUGCCCUGGAUGCGGAGUUUGUGAAGACAGGAGCCAGCAACCUCCCCCACUUCAAGAAACUAGUCAUGGUCCUCUGCAAAGAGCUCUACAGUGAAGUUGCCAGGACCUUGCCAUCCCUGGAGGUCCUGCAGAGGUUAUUUGACCAGCAGCUCUCCCCUGGCAUCCGGCCUCGGCCUCAGGCAUGCGCAGAAGCCAGUCCAGUCAACAUAAUGUCCAGGCUUGCCCAACUGACCAGUUUACUGUCCUCUCUCGAAGACAAGGGAAAGGCAUUCCUGGGGGGAGGUCCUGAAUCCACACACCGAAGAUCGCUCAUCCCUCCUGUCACCUUUGAGGUAAAAGCAGAAUCCUUAGGAAUUCCACAAAAAAUGCAGCUUAAAGUUGAUGUUGAAUCUGGAAAACUGAUUAUCAAGAAAUCCAAGGAUGGCCCCGAGGACAAGUUCUAUAGCCACAAGAAAAUCUUGCAGCUCAUAAAGUCCCAGAAGUUUCAUAACAAGCUCGUCAUCGUGGUGGAGACAGAGAAGGAGAAAACCUUGCGGAAGGAAUACGUCUUUGCUGACUCAAAGAAAAGAGAGGGCUUCUGUCAGCUCCUCCAACAGAUGAAGAACAAGCACUCGGAGCAGCCUGAACCGGACAUGAUCACCAUCUUCAUCGGGACCUGGAACAUGGGUGAUGCCCCUCCUCCCAAGAAGAUCACAUCCUGGUUUCUCUCCAAGGGGCAGGGAAAGACUCGGGAUGACUCGGCCGAUUACAUUCCCCACGACAUCUACGUGAUCGGCACCCAGGAGGACCCGCUGGGGGACAAAGAAUGGCUGGAGAUUCUAAAGCACUCCUUGCAGGAAAUCACUGAUAUCACUUUCAAAAUGAUAGCCAUCCACACCCUCUGGAACAUCCGGAUUGUUGUGCUGGCCAAGUUGGAACACGAAAACAGAAUCAGCCACAUCUGCACAAACAACGUGAAGACUGGGAUUGCCAACACUCUUGGUAAUAAAGGAGCUGUGGGGGUUUCCUUCAUGUUCAAUGGAACCUCCCUGGGAUUCGUCAACAGCCACUUAACUUCCGGAAGCGAAAAGAAACUUCGGCGGAACCAGAACUACAUGAGCAUUCUCCGGUUCCUGGCUCUGGGAGACAAGAAGCUGAGCCCCUUCAACAUCACUCACCGUUUCACACACCUCUUCUGGCUGGGAGACCUGAACUACAGACUGGAGCUGCCGCCCUCGGAAGCCGAGAACAUCAUCCAGAAGAUCAAGCAGCAGCAGUACCCGGAGCUGCUGCUUCACGACCAGCUGCUCACAGAGCGGAAAGAGCAGAAGGUCUUCUUGCAUUUCGAGGAGGAAGAGAUCACCUUUGCUCCAACCUACCGCUUUGAAAGACUGACCCGGGAAAAGUAUGCCUACACUAAACAGAAAGCCACAGGGAUGAAAUACAACUUACCAUCUUGGUGUGAUCGUGUGCUCUGGAAGUCCUAUCCCCUCGUGCAUGUGGUGUGUCAGUCCUAUGGUUGCACCAGCGACAUCAUGACGAGCGACCACAGUCCUGUCUUUGCCACAUUCGAAGUAGGAGUUACCUCGCAGUUUGUCUCCAAGAAUGGUCCUGGGAAUGUGGACUCUCAAGGACAAAUCGAGUUCCUGAACUGCUAUGCCACCUUGAAGACAAAGUCACAGACAAAAUUCUACCUGGAGUUCCAUUCCAGCUGCCUAGAAAGUAAGGGCAUUGCUACAUCCCUCCAGGCUUGGGCACGCUAUAUCUCUCCACCUCUCCUCUCCCUUUGGCUCACUGCUGCCUCCGAUGAAAAGCAGAGAUUGACCCCCAUUAUCUCUGACCCGGAGUACCUGUUGGACCAGCACAUCCUCAUCAGCAUCAAGUCUUCGGACAGUGAUGAAUCCUAUGGCGAAGGCUGCAUUGCUUUGAGAUCCGAAGCCAUCGAGUCCUUGGUCCCCAUCUAUACUGCACUCACUCACCAUGGAGAGAUGAUGGGUCACUUCCGAGGAGAAAUUAAGCUGCAGACUUCCCAGGGGAAGAAGAGAGAAAGGCUCUAUGACUUUGUGAAGAUAGAGCGAGAUGAGGCCAUUGGGCAAAAGUCCCUGAAGAGUCUCAUCAGUCAUGACCCCAUGAAGCAGUGGGAGUGUUCCUCCAGUGCCCAUCCCUGUGAUGGCUCCACCUUCACUGAGAUCACCAACCCCAACUAUCUAGGGGUGGCACUUUUCGGCCAGCCGAUGCCCCUCCACGGGAAGCCAGCCGUCUCCCCCGAGCUGCAGCCCACCUUCUGGAGUUAUGAUCAACCUCCCAAAGACAGUCCCCCAGUUCCCAGCUGGGGAGAGUCUCCCCCUACCCCACCCUCACAGCCCCCAUUGUCUCCCCAAAGGUUCCCUCCCUGCUCAGCAAACCGAGCUCUUAAUCUCAGGACCCAGGAGCAACUGCUCACUGACUUGGGGAAGAACAUGGCGGAGCCCUCGCCCAUGGAGGAAGCACUGCUCACCAAGCCAGAGAUGUUCGAGAACCCGCUCUAUGGCUCCGUGAGUGUCUUUCCCAAGCCAGCGCCCAGGAAAGAGCAAGAGUCCCCCAAGAACCUGAGGAAGGAUCGCCCAGCCUGCCCAGACUCUGGCACUCCAUCUCCAGCUGUCAUCUUCACAAAAGCCCCGGAAGGGGAGAGCAAGCUGGCCAGCAGGCAGACGUCCGCCCCCGUUCUCCCCGUGCCCAGGAUGCGUUCCUUUACCUGCUCCUCCCCUACAGAGGGGAGGAGCACACUGUCCGGAGAAAAGACCCAGGGGAAGCCCAAGCCCUCCACCCCCUCGGAAAAUCCAGUCCCAGCCAAGAGGCCAGUCAAGCCUGUGAGGUCUGAAAUGAGUCAGCAGGGGAACCCAGGGCAGACGAGCAGGCCUCCUCUCCCUGCCAAGAGCCCGGCUGUGUUACAUCUGCAGCAUUCCAAAGCCCGGGACUAUCGGGAGAGCUCUGAGCUUCCGCACCAUGGGAAGCACUGGCCAGAGGAAGGGCCAGUCAGCAGGACUUCGAUGCAGUGAGUAUCACCUGGACAAGACGUCUUGCAAGAAGGUUCCACCCGGGGAGGACGGAGAAGCCCGAGAAGCCCCCGCACCCCCUCUCCGGCGUCCUGACGUCAUCCGCAAGGCUUUUUGUUUUUCAAGAAACGGACUCGGCUCCUGGCGGCCACCGGAUCGCACUGUUGUUGGCUCACCCGGUGGAAUUGUUGGGGUUGGAAAAAGGAAAUCUGCAGACGGACCACAAGACCCCCAAGUGACAGGCCGUUCCGGGGGCUGUUGUGGAUGCCCCGGAGCACGAAGCGAGCCGCCAAUCUUCUCCGGAGGAGAGAAUAAGGUACAGAUAAGGCAGCGAACAGACAAUCUCUCUCAACCAACCAAAGACGUGAGCCCGGCGGCCAUGCGGGGCGAUGACGCCCCCAGUGGGACGUGGGGCCUGGGCAAAGCAUUGGUGAGGAAGAGCAGGGCAGGUCAGACCGGGAAGCAAAGAAGGAAGCCUCGAGACGGCCAGGCUGAUGUAAUUUGGAGUCGUUCAUUCCUUGGUGCGAGGCCCUUCCUCGAGGGUCAUCGAGUCACCCAGUAGGCUAGGUAAGGCUUGGGCAGCUCUGGCUUCUUGGAGAGGCCGGGGGGAAGAAAGCCCUUUCAUUUAGCUCCCAUCUAGAAGGCAGGGUUCCGUGUUCGCCCAAGGGACCGAGCUGAGCAAGGAAAGGACCCUUCCUCAGCUUAGGGCCGGCCCCUGCGGGACGCCCAGGCCCUUCUCUCUCUUCGGAGAUCUUUCCUUGGGUUUAUUAGGCACGAGGAGGUCCGGCCAAGCUAACUUCUCCCCUUCUCCCCGGGGUGGAGCCUCCGAGACUGAGGGACGGGCUGGACUUGGCCUGACAUUGGUCAUCAGCCCACGCUCCCUUCUGCCCUGUCGCUCCUAUCCGAGGCCUUUCCGCCAAGGACGCGCCUUGCUUUGGCUCCUGGACCAUCUCCGCCUUUCUCUAGAUCUGCUUCAGGAAGGCACGUCUUCUUCCCUUUGGGGGUUGAGAGGGAUAAUUGUUUGGUGGUUUUUCCUCCCUGUCCAAUUUUUUAAUGAGAAAAAUAUUAGUGUUGGAAACCAAGGCAUGGUGUGUGCGUGCGAGAGCACACGUGGACGUCCAUGGGUCAGUUUGUAUAUAGAAAUAUGUCAAUAACACCAAUAAAGUCUGCUUUUCUCACUCAGCCGCCCCCUGCUGGAUUUCAUCAAUGGCCUUGGGGGGCCCCCAAUCGCCUCUCUCGGUCCUCGUACCUUGUGUGACCUUGAGCAGAUGACUCCAUCGCUCUCGGGCCUCAGUUUCCUCAGCCAGGAAGAAGAGACUGAGGAAGCACGUCUGUCCCUCCCAAGUCUUGUCCCUUCGGCCCGUUAGGAUGUCAGCUUCUGGAGGGCAGGGACUGUCUUGCUUUGGAUGUGUGUCCCCAGGACUUGGCACAAUGCAUCACAGCGCCCAGAGCAGGGAGAGGGGCCAGACCUGGAGCGUCAUUGGGAGAGGGAAUUCCCAGGGGGGAGACUCCCUCCAUCAAUAUCCAUCGGCACCUUCUCUGCGAUUUGUAGUCUUCAAGGUGGCAAACCCAGGCCGGGAGGGCUGAGCCAGAUUAAAAUGUAAUGGGAUGGGCAAGGAAAGGAAAAGGAAUUGGGAAAUGUUUAACAAAAUAGAUGAAAGACAACAGAAGAUAGAUAAUGUGAAUUUGUGCUUUUCUAAGUCAGUAUGUGGCCUACGGGGGAUCCCUUUCUAAUUGAGUUUGGCACCUCAGCGUAGUUAAAUG